AUGGCAAACCUCAGGUCGAGAGGCCUUCCGCGAGCGUGCUGUCUGGCGGCGCUCACAGCGUUCCUUGCCUUGCUUGGCACCCCGGGCGUCCACGCGGCCAGCGAGUGCGCCGAAGAGCUGAUCUACGAGUCCCGCGAGGACAUACCCCCGCGCUUUCGGUGGAACCCGGCGGACGUGUUCGAGGACAGGGAGGCGUUCGACGACGCCGUGGCCGCCGCGGAGGCCUCCAUCCCCGAGAUGGGGAGCUGGAAGGGAAGGCUGGGGAACCGCACAGAGGACAUCGUUUCGGCGCUGAACGCCUCGCACGAGCUGGGCCGCAGCGUAGGUGAAAUCUACUUCUUCGCGAGAAUCCAGGUCCACGUCAACGCAAGCGACCCGGGCGCUGCAGCCAUGUUUGGCGUGGCGUCCGCCCUACUUGCCCGCGCGGAGGAGGCCGUGUCUUUCGUUGAGCCGGAGAUCGCGGCGCUGCCCCGGGCCAGGUUGGAUGCCCUGCUGGAGGAGCCGUCAAUGGCGCCCUACCGACACGUGAUCGACAACGUCAACAGGACCAAGGCGCACAUCCGGUCUUCCGAGGUGGAGCUGGUGCUGGCCGGGGCGGCGGAGCUCACGCUGGGCCCGCGGGACAUUUCCGACCACCUGCUGAACAGCGACAUAGUCUGGCCCACCGUUGCUGGUGAGAACGGGGAGGACGUGCAGGUGACGCCGGCCACAUACGGCCGCAUCUCCAGAAGCCUGGACCGCGAAUUCCGAAGAGCCGGGCGCGCAGCCCUUCUUCGGACCUACGAGGCAUUUGGCAACACGCUGUCGGCCUCCCUGGCGACCCACGUGCAGGGCCAGGCGUGGAUAAGCAGAGUGAGGGGCUACAACUCCAGUCUGGAGAGGGCGCUGGACGAGGUGAACGUCUCCGCGCGGGUGGUGCGGUCGCUGGUGGCCGCCGUGCACGGCAACUUUGGCGCCGUGCACAAUUACACGGCGCUGCGGAAGAGGGCCCUGGGGGUCGAGACCCUGUAUCCUUACGACGCUGGAGUGAGCCUGGUGCCGAACGGGGAGAAGAGGUACUGCUUCGAGGACGCCUGGACCAUGGCCAUGACAUUCUGGAGGGAGAUUUUCGGCGAAGAGUAUGCGUCAGUCGCUGAGACAGCAUUCGCGAAUCGAUGGAUAGACGUCUUCCCUAACACAGGAAAAUGGGGCGGGGCGUAUGCGUGGGUUGCGUACGGAAAUCACCCCUACAUGCUGCUCAACUGGGGAGGCACGUUCAAUGACGUGGUCACGCUGGUUCACGAAAUGGGGCACGUGGUUCACAUGAAUCUCACGCACACCAAUCAGCCCUAUCACUAUUCGGGCACUUCCGUGUUUGUGUCGGAAGUGGCUUCGGUGACAAGCGAGAACCUUUUCAUAGAUUGGGCCAUAGAACGCAGCGAAGACCCGAAGGAGAGGGCGGUGAUGCUGAACGCAGCAGUGGAGCUUGCGCAAGGCACGUUUCUAAACCAGAUUCUAUUUCACGAAUUCGAGGAGGCGAUUUAUGACGAUGCAGAAAACGGCCGGGCUCUGACCAAGGAGACUAUGAGCGCAGUAUACCUGGACCUCAUUACUGCCUACAACGGGCCCGACAUGACGUACAACGCCAGUGACGGCAUCUAUUUCCUCCGCAUCCCACAUUUCUACCUCAACUACUACGUCUGGGUGUAUGCCACCAGCUACGCGGCGGGGGAAGCCAUUGCCUCACGCUUUCGCAGUGGCGAUCAGGGAGUGGUUGAUGAUUUCCUUUCGAUGCUGAAACUAGGCAGCAGCGUAUAUCCCUUGGAGGCUGUGCGGGUGGCCGGUGUAGACUUGCUGGAUCCGUUCGUGGUUGGGACGGUCAUGUCGCGCUUUCAGAACCUGACGGAGAGCCUGGAGAUGGCGUUGGAUGUGGCAAGCGAUGCCGAAAGUGUGGUGACGGUCAGCGCUGAAUCUGAAGGCGCGGCCUCAAGGGCCUUCCCUUUCUUGUUGCUGUUGGCUCUGCCGCUUGUCACGUAUCUGUAA